AUGGCUGAAGACAGACCUGGAAUAUCGGUUCGCAUAUGUGUGCCAUCAACUGCAUUGUACUCCAAAGGGCUUUGGUUCAAAGAAAAUCCUUUAGACCAUCCAUUACCUGCAACCCUAGCUCAAAUUAUAAUUGUCGUUGUGACCUCCCGGCUACUUCAUCUUCUUCUCAAGCCUAUGGGACAGACCAAAUUCACUUGCAAUCUCCUGAGUGGCAUUAUCUUGGGGCCUUCUGUGUUUGGGCGCAACCAUAUUUUGAGCGAGAAGCUAUUCGCUUCAAAAAAUGCGUCGUUGUGGGCUAUAUACUCCUUGUUCAUAACUGCAAUAAAAUUUGAUGUCGGCACGGUUAAGAGAACAAAGCUUUCUCUGAAGAUUGGUAUUCCGGGGCUCAUUUUCACCGUCGCGGUAUCCUUGAGCCUCGGACUCACACUAGUUAGCUCCAUUCCUGGAAUCAAAGGAGGAGUGUUCCCCAUUUUUCUGUUUUCCAUUAUUUCCUUCACUUUCUUCCCUGAUGUAGUUCAGGCCUUGGAUGAACUCAACCUUAUGAACUCGGAAUUGGGCCAAAUCGCCAUGUUCUCUGUUUUGCUCGCUGAGGUCGUGCAAUGGUUGUUCUCAACAGUGCAAGACGUAGCUAGUAAAGAUAAUCCAAGCCACGGAGCUUUGACGGCCGCUUCCGUAGUGGGAAUGGUUAUUUUCAUCGUUUAUGCCUUACGCCCACUUAUGGUACUAAUUGUUAAGAACACACCAGCAGGACGAGAAGUAAAGGAGUGUUAUAUAGUAGCAAUACUUCUUGGGGCGCUAGUUCUGGCGUUUAUAUCUGACGCUCUAGGUUGCUUCUUUCUCUUUGGUCCUCUAAUUCUUGGGUUAGCCAUACCAGACGGACCACCUCUGGGUUCAGCAUUGAUAGCCAAGAGUGAAUUCUUGGUCUCCGAACUACUUCUACCCAUGUUCUAUUUUCGUACCGGCUUCAGGACGAACAUACCUUUGAUUAGCAACUGGAAGAGUUUUGCUACAUUGCAGGCCAUCAUCGGUGCCUCAUAUGUCGCAAAGUUCGCCGGAGUUACCAUAGCUGCAUUAUGCUGCAAAAUUAGUCUCAGGAAUAGUCUUUUGCUCGGCAUGAUGAUCAAUAUCCGGGGUAUUGUAGAUAUGGUCAUUUUCUCUCGAUGGAGGCACACUCAGCUUCUUGAUGACCACGUUUAUACUCAACUGGUGUUAUCUGUGCUGAUUUGGAACAUGAUUGCAACGGCAAUUGUACAUUUCACAUACAGGCCUCACAUAAGACUCGGGCCAUCACUCAAAGGUCCGCGGAUUAAAAGCAUCCAGUCAAUUCAAAGAAACUAUCCUUUCGACAUUCUUUGUUGUAUCCACAAUGAACAAACUAUCCGCAACCUCACCUCCCUCCUAGAAGCCUCAAACCCAACAGAAGAGAGCCCCAUUUGCGCCUACAUUAUCCAAGCAGUCGAGCUAGUGGGGCGUGCUGUACCUGUACUAAUCCCUUAUAAGAAGAGGAAAGAGGGGCACAAACUUGGCCGAAUAAAUUCACUCACAUCUCAUAUGAUGCAAGCCUUCAUGAACUACUCGGAAAACUCGAGAGGACCUGUCUUGAUUCAACCAUUCACUAUGAUCGCUCCCUAUAAAUCAAUGCAUGAAACCGUUUGCCGUCUGGUGGAUGACAAUAUCGUACCUUUUGUUGUCCUCCCAUUUCAUGAAAACCACCGGGUUAUGGUUGACAGCAACGUGACUGCUGCAAUACGCCAAUUCAAUAGCAAUAUGCUGGAGUAUUCAUCGUGUACAGUUGGAAUACUCGUUGAAAGAGGGUUGCCUGGUCGGCUAGCCAUAUCCCAUAUCUCAUACAAUGUGGCUGCUUUUUUCAUUGGUGGACCAGAUGAUCGUGAGGCUCUAGCUUUAGCAGCACGUAUGUUAGGCAACCAGAAUGUGGUUCUCACAGUAUACAGGAUUCUUAUGGUGCAGAAAGAAAACGAGGGUAGCUGUGAUGUAGAAGAUGAGAAUGAAGCUAGGUUGGAUGAGUCGAUGGUGGAUGAAUUUAAGCUAAGUAAUAUUGGGAAUGACGGCUUGAAUUGGCGAGAUAUCGAGGUUGAGGACACUAUACAGCUUAUGGAUGCAAUUACGAACUCGCAGGGGGAUUACGAUCUUGUCUUAGUUGGAAGGCGACAUUCAAAUAAGUGUUCAUUGAGGGAUGAGGAAAUGUCAGAGUUCGUGCAUUAUCCGGAGCUGGGAAUGAUCGGGGACAUGCUUGCUUCUACAGAUUUCUGUGGUGGAAUGGUGAAUGUUUUAGUGCUGCAAGAAAGCAAGGAACUUAGUAGAAAUUAUGGAUCAUCUUUCCGUGCCGACUCCUCAAAACAUUUAGCAGUCAAGUAG